GCCGGUUCAAUACGCAUGCGAUUUAAAUUUGUGUUUUGCGCCCGCGUAUUGCCAUCUCGACGGCACUUUUCGAUCGACUUGACGACCACCACGGCCAGAGUCGAGCGCGAGAGAACUACCCCGCGAGAUAUAUAGCCCACGCAAAGCUCCGAUCUGCGAGUGGGAGUGAGCGAGAACGGGAAGCUUUUGGCUUGGACGGUGGUGCUGCUGGUGUCAGACCCGAGAGGAAAAUCUCGCCGAUGGCGGCUGCAUGUAGUCGGUUGAGCUACGGCGCAACGCGUAUUUCGUUGCUUUUUAACACAGCGUAUCUCGGUUUUUUGUCGAUUUAAAUAAACUAAAAAAAUAACCAGCUCGAGGGUUUUAAUAACGGAUAUUCUUAAAGUUUAUUAAUCUCUGAGAAGCUGCCGAGUGAGAUGAGAGUCCGAGUCCUGUGACAGUUUGUGAUUUUCAAAUGAAGUAAAACGGGCUGAGAGAAAAAAUCAGUGUACGGUAUAGGUGUCGAUGUGUGAAAAAAAAUCCACUCCGUUUGUGGAAAGAGAGAUCGGAAGUGCGGGUGUAAGAUUAUUUUAGCCCAGUCAUCUAAGACUUGUUAACUGUCUAGUUGACUGCAAUUCAUCAUUUUAAAAUUUAAUAAACCCGAUUAAAAAGUAUCAGAAGCUGCUGGUCAUCCAGCUCAACUCACUCAUCCGCUACAAUGCCUCGGUGUGAUUGUAAAUCCAUUAGUUACAAAAUAAAGUAGAAUAAAUAAUAAUAAGUAGUGCCCAAGUGCCUUUGGAUUUAAAUGGUGCAUGACUCGACGGGGAUUGAUUACUGGCAGGCUGAAUAAAACUACUCAUUGGUGAAGAACCGUCCGACAAUUCAGUCUAUUCAGUAACACAAAUGGUUGUAAGCAAAAGGGCUUCCCACCUGUAACCGCUCGAUAGAGCCGUCGGGUAAUGCUGCUCUGCGAAGAGCAAAUCCCUUUGGAUAUUGACGAAGCCCCAAAAGCAUCAGUAGAACCAGGCUGGGGCCUAAUCCCUCAGCUUCUACUACUGAAACCGACGGCACCGGCGUAAGCCUCGCCAUCCAAAUGGGCUCUAAUGAUUAACUGUUUAUGUGAAUAUGCAUCCAUUUGUAACGCGUGACAAAACACAUUUGUAUUAUUGUCAUUACCAUCAACAUCAUUUACAUUACCAUUGUUAUUAUUUAUUGUUGUUAUUCGUAAAUUUUAAGUGAUCGAACGGGAUUGUAAUGGAUAAUUAAUAUGCAUCACGAGAUUAAACCGACAGACGAUAAUGAUUAAUUUACAGCUGUGUCUACGGAAGUCGGGGUGCGUUAGAAACCCAAGACACCUAGACGAAGCCCUUGUUAUUCCUCUUCUCUCGCUCUGGAUUAUUGGCUCGUUUUGUGUUAAAGACAUCCCCAUAUCCCAUGUGGUGGCGAUCGUCGGCGACCCGACGUACCUUCCCUGCGACAUAUCGACGAACCAUGACGGGGACUCGGUCCACCUGGUGCUGUGGUACCGCGAGGACCUGGGCGCUUCUGUGUACAGCAUCGACGCACGUGACAGAGACUUUGACAUCGCGGAGCGGUGGUCAGACGACGCGGUCUUCAGCAACCGGGCGUACUUUCGCCCGGACAAGAAGCCCGCAGAGCUGGGGGUCGACAGGAUCCGCGAGGAAGACGCCGGGAUCUAUCGGUGCCGCGUCGACUUCCGCAUCGGGCAGACUCGUAAUUCCAAAGUCAACCUCACUGUUAUAGUUCCGCCUAAAAAAAUAGCAAUUAUUGACGAGAACGGCAUCACAAGGGACAAACAAGUCGGGCCGUAUCUCGAGGGUGACGACCUGGAACUACACUGUGACGUUUAUGGCGGUAAGCCUCCGCCAUCGGUAACCUGGUACCGUGGCCAUAAAUUGAUCAGCAAUAAAGCGGAGAUCGUGAGGGAGGGUGUGCUCCGUAGCACAAUUCUAAUAAAAAAUUUAGGACGACGAGACGUGCAGUCCGAGCUGACAUGUAGUGCAAACAAUAACAACAGAUCUAUACCCUUAUCAUCAGCCGUCCGGAUCGACAUGACCUUUGGUCCUCUGGAUGUUAAAAUAAUCGGGGCGAACCAGCCGCUGUCCGCCAACAAGAGAUACGACCUGGUGUGUGCCACAUCGGGUUCACGACCCCCGGCGCUGGUUACUUGGUGGCGUGAUGGCCAGCGCUUAAAUGACUCGAACGAGACGACGUCAAACGACGGCAACGUGACAACCAGUGUGCUGUCAUUUGUACCGAGCAAAAGUGAUGCUGGCAGACACUUAUCGUGCCGAGCGGAAAAUCCGAUAAUGGGAAUGGGCCCGAUUGAGGACGAGUGGGUAUUAGAAAUACAGUACAGACCGGAGACACGAAUCCAAUUGGGUACAUCGCUGAAUAGAAAUGCCAUACGCGAAGGCACUGAUGUAUAUUUCGACUGCUUGAUAAAUGCUAAACCGGGCGUUUAUAAGGUCGAGUGGCGUCAUGACAACCGUACACUUCAGCACAACACAACUCAGGGUAUAAUUAUAAGCAACCAGAGCCUAGUUUUACAGGGUGUAGAGAGAAGGAGUGCCGGUAAUUAUACUUGUGUCGGUUACAACACCGAGGGCGACGGCGAGAGCUUGCCGUUCCACCUGAAUGUCAUGUUUGCACCGACUUGCAAACCAAAUCAGACCAAAAUUCACGGGGUCGCUAAACAAGAGAAGGCUAAUAUAUCCUGCCAGGUUGACGCAAAUCCUCCGGUUGUUGAAUUUCGUUGGACGUUCAACAACUCGGCGGAAAGUAUCGAUGUCGCCGCUGGCCACAUUGUUAAGUCGGGUACGUCUUCAGUUGUUUCGUACACGCCCAUGACUGAAUUGGAUUACGGAACGCUGCUCUGCUGGGCGAACAACAUUAUCGGGAACCAGCUGAUACCCUGUGUGUACCACAUUAUACCCGCGGGACACCCAGACAUGGUUCACAAUUGCACGACCCACAAUGCAUCCACCAGUUCCUUUUCCGUGAGAUGCACCGAGGGUUUCAACGGCGGGCUCCAGCAGUCGUUUCUUCUCGAAGUUCGCGAGAGCAACUCCCAAGAGAUACGGGCUAAUUUAACGUCUGCGACGCCGCAAUUUAGCGUCACGCAUCUCGAUCCCGGGCUCCUUUACCAUGCAUGUAUUUACGCUUUUAAUGAAAAGGGCAGGAGCGAACCGAUGGUUGUUCAAGCGGGUACUUUGAGACUACCCGAGAAACAAUUGACUUCUGAAACUGCUGGUAAAUCAAGAGAAAGACCACGUCAUCACGUUAAAUUGACUCCGAUGCUGAGUGUGAUGAUCGGCGUGGUAGCGGCUCUAGUAAUAGUCGCAGUAAUUGUAAUGAUCGUACUAAGAAUACAAAAUGGAAAUCCCGACGACCAGGGGAAACCACAUCUUGAGGAUCUUGACAAGAAUACAAAAGUAAUACCAAUUCAACGGGAACUGAGAUUCCGUGAGGGAUGUAAUUUACUUGUCGACGAAAAACACACCACCGGCACGUUUGGAAAAUCGCUUGAGGCUAACGCCGGCGAAUUGAGCGAGAGCGACGAUAAGAAUCCUGAUAUAAUCCCCCAACAAGUUGCCAACCCCGCAGAAGAGCCAUCGGAUUACGUGAGGAAAAGGCGUCUUCAGGCAGUAUCAACUAUAGACACCUCUCCCUCUCGGAGUCUUCUCGAGCAGCCGUCUAUGCAGCCACAAGCACUUGCCGGCCAUGGGAAUUAUGUCGGUUACUGUACCAUACGAAGUGGUAUGCCAUUACGUGAGCUAUCCGCCUUAACAUCGGGUAAACACAAGGGCUUUCAGCCGAUGAUGAAUAACCAAGUGUAUGAAACUGGUAUGUGCACAUUACCAAGACAGCACUGGCCAAGUCCUGGUAUAGCGCACCACCAGUCAAUAACAAUGACAAUGAAUCCGCCCGUACUUUAUUCCGGUCUCGGUGUGCUGAGGACCUGCCCCAGUGCAACGAUACUCGCAAAAGACCACGAGACCCAGUCAUCGCGCGUUGUACUGCCACAGCAGAGAUGCGUGCAAACCUCAUCCUCUACAGCCUCCUCCAAGGACACCAGCACGAUGCCAAUGGCCCAGGGUCCCGUGACCAAGAGGGAAAGCUCCGUGUGACCUACUACCCGCAAUACUAUCAUCAAAAUCUUUCGCUCGUCAGCCUUAUCUUACUUUUUUUAUCGUUACCAUACAUUUUAAACACAUGACAUCGCGCGUUUAAGCCCUGAAACUGCGACGAUCGAUUUACUUCCCAACACUAAGAGGUACAGCACUACACACACUCACUGUAAUAACAACAACAAUAAUAACAAUAACAAUAACAAUAACAGUACUAAUAACACCAACAUCAACUGAAAUUUAAAAAAAAUCCCAGCAACCAACAAACAAUUAUUUUGCCUCUCUACGUUCGAUCAAGUGCCCUUUUUACAUAUUUACAAAGGACUUAAUCAACUACUUUCGUCGGGACACUUGUCGUGUCAUUUUUUAAUUAUAAAUAAAUAAUAACAAUAAUAAUAAAAAAGACGAGAUAAAUUUUAAAUGAGACUAAAAGACGAUAAUUAUAUGAAGAACAUUAUUAAUAAUAAUAAUAAAUGUAUGAAUGAGUGGAUGAAUUCGCGCUCUUGUAAAUAUUGAAACUUUAAAUAUUUAAAUAUUUUAUACACAUUUCUAGCACCUCAUUAAUUGAAUCAUAAAUCAUAUUUGUCCGGUAUUAUGACAUUAAACGUAACAUUUAACUGAUUGGUUUUAAAUCGGGUGACAAGUGAAAUUUAUCUGACAUAUAAAUAUAUAGAUAUAUAAAUAUAUAUAUGGUACUGUGUAUGUUGUAAUAACAUCUGAGACUAGUUAUAAUUACAAUAAUAAUAAAUAUAAAUAUAUAUAUACAUACAUACAUAAAUAAAUUGAUUGCAUACCAGAAUGUAGCAGACGCGCGCGUUUUUAAAAUUCAAAAUAAUUUAAACGGAGUUAAGUUAUUUAUUUAAAUAAUAAAUUCUCAACGAGACAUAUCGUUCAGUUUUCCAUCACGGAAACCGAGUUUGUAUACAAAGAAAAUUAAAUAGAUAAUAAACUAAAUGUUAUUGUGUAAUGCUGAAGAUCCAGUUGAUUGUUACGUCGGUCUGCUUAGUUCCGGUAAAUAUUGUUGCCGUUUAUAAAUGUGCAACAAUCUGUAAAAUGUGUAUUAUAAAAAAUAAACAAAAAAAAAAGAAGAAAAAAAAGUUAUUUCUCUUCGCAGUCUGUCGAAAAAUAAUAAUAAUAAAUUUAAAUAAAAUAUUAAGCGUUCGAAUGAACUAAAUCAUUUGAAUUAUUUAAAUAAUUAAUUAUAUUAAUACGUGGAUUACAUAAACUUUAAGACCAAUUUAUUCAUUAAAUCCUUGCAUAACUUCCCCUUUGACUUGAUGCUGGAAUUAAGUUGGGCCAUUAGAAAAUUGCCUCGUUUCAACCAACUUUUCAUAACAUGAAGCCAAAAAAUUUCAGCUGCCAUUUAUGGAAUUGAUACGACGAAUUGAUUAACAUUCCAUUUAAAUAACUUGUUUAUUCAAAUUAAUUAUUGAAUUUUAUUUAAUUGAUAAAAUUUGAAUAGUGGGUAUGAUUAACGGGCGCUUUGUUUAUUUUUAUUCGGGGAAAACACGCACGUAAAUUUCAUAACAUUUUUUGAAUUCAAUUGGUGCUGUAAUUUAUCCUGUUUAAAUUAUCGUUAAAUUGAAAUGUUUUGAUGCUUUAUUACUCACUGUAUGGAAAGGUUUUAAUUGAAAUAUUAAUUUUUUAUAUUUUUAUUAUCCCAUUUAUUACAGAACAAGUUCACUACAUUCAUGAGUUAUUUAUUUCACGGCAUAUGAGCUAUUGUUAUUAAUAUAGACUGUUAUUUUUACUAAUUAUACAGACCUAGAUAUUUUUGGUGUCAUUUUUUUUGUCAUCCGCAGGAUCAAGAGUAGAAAAAAAAUUAUUGUAAACUAUUUUAAUUAUUUAUUAUUUUUGAUCAUUAUACUUUUGAUUAUUAUUUCAAAAAUUUAUCACUGACUUUUUUAAAUCUACCCCUGGUUGAGAAAUCCGAUUCACUUCAAUAGGAUUUGAUCGGAAAUUUCCGAUUGAAUUCUAUUGGAGUGAAUCAGAAAUUUCCGAAAAAUAUAUUAUUUUCCGAUUGAAACCGAUUAAAUCCAAUUCAAAAUUUUAAAUUGGAAUGGAUCGGUUCCAAUCGGAAAAUAAUAUUUAUAUUUCGUUAUUAUUUUCCGAUUGGAACUGAUUCAUUCCGAUUAAAAAUUUUGAAUGGAAUUCAAUCGGAAAAUAAUAUUUUUAUUUUUAUGCAUUUUUUCCGAUUGAAACCGAUUCAUUCCGAUUAUACUCAAUCGGAUUCAAUCGGAAUUCUUAACCAGGGACUGUAUUAAUUUCAGUAAUUAUUCAAAAUUAGGUCUAUAAAUAGAACUAUAAAUUUGAUAAUUUCUUAUUGAUUUUACCUCAGUGCAUAAAUUUAUUUUAUCAACUCAAUUUUGUAUAAAAAAUUCAAAAUUAAAUUUGAAUACCAAAAAUAUCUAGAAUAUAAUUACGGUAUUAAUUAUAAAUUAUAAUCAUUACAUAUAAUACAUAAAUGUUGUCGACUCUAUACAAUGGAAAUGAAUAAAUGUGUAAUUAAAAUAUGAAAUUUAUAUAUAUACAUAUAUAUAUAAAUUUUCUGUAUAUUAAAUUGAGCAUUUUUGGUACUGAUUGAUAUUUAAAGGUAAUUGCGGAUCGAAGUAUAUAAUAUUUAUAUUUAUUUAUUUUUUAUUUACUUACUCUCCGGCAAAACGAAUAUUCAUAACCGUCAUUUGAAUUUCAUCAAUCAUAACUUGGCUAAAAAAAUAACUAAAUAAACAAACAAAAAAAAAAAUCGUUUCCGCCAAAAAAAUUGAAUUUUUCAUUUCGCGAGUAAAUAAAACAAAUAUUUACUUUAAAAAUAAAGUGAGUGAGUAUUUGUGAUCGUGUUAGAUAGUUAAAGUUUUUCUUGUAAAAAACCACUGAAAUGUGAGUAAAAUUUGUUUUUUUUUUCAUGUUGCUGUUAUUAAACACGUGUAGAGUAUCCAUUAAUUUAAUAAAAGUAUUAAAAAUCAUUCACAAUCACGCUCUGUUUGUGAAUUAAUACAAUCUAUAUAUAUAUAUAUUAAAUAAAACAAUUGUACUAUCAUUUGAAUAAGUAAAGCGCAAAGCGAAAAAAUUUUAUAUAAACCAUAAAACAACAAUGUAUUUUAAUUAAAAAAAAAAAAGUAAUAAAAAAAAUCUUUAUCGUAUUAAUAGAUAGACGACACCUUUUUAUAAAACAUUUUCCCUAUAUAAUAAUAAUUCAUGAGCUAGAGACAGGGGAUUAAGGAUAUCUACGAAACUAAAUAAAACUAUAAAUAUAAUAAAAAUAAAUAUUAAUAAUAAUAAUGAAUAAGU